UAACCUAAACUGGUGCAGUUUCCUCACAAUGUUAUUUAUGAAACCUGAAUGGGGCUUUUCUCUGUGGGACAGUUCAGCCUAACAACCUAAUCGAAUCAUAAGUACUGGGGAGGGGAGAUUCUUGGAGGUAAUUGACAGCAUAUUAGAAGUAACCAGAGGAGGUUUGCUGCUAAAUCUCUGCAGCUGGACUGACUGAAAAGCAACGAGUCCUGGCUGAAUGGGAACAGGAACACUGUAGAGGAGUUUGUGUCUUUUCAGGAUGAAAACAGUGGGUUUGUUCUAAAAAAAAAAAAAAAUUUUAAAGAUCUGCAGAAUCAAGCUCCACAUACGUUUUUCUGUGACAGAAACACUCAGUGAUGUCUCAUCAGUUUCAUCACCUGCUUCUUUUGUGUUUCCUUCCAGCUGUGGCUCCCCUCUUCUGUUACACCUGUGUGUUUCCUGCCAUCUCCCCUCUGGACUGCAUCCGAUUCCCCAUCAAAUGUCCACCGGGGCAGCUCUGUCUGUCCAGCCGGGCGGUGGGUCAUAAAGGUGAUUUCCGUGUGGUGUUGUAUGAGAAGAGCUGUGUCCUGCCUGUUCUGUGUGGAGUCACCGGUGAAAAGUACACCAUGGGAAUCAACUUCACCUUCACCAACGAAUGCUGCAACACACAUCUGUGCAACAAAGCGCCAACACCUGGAACGUCGUACUGGACCGGUACACUGCUCAUGCUGCUCGUCUCAUACUCUAUGUGGUGAUUAAAAAAGAAUAAAAUACCACAGAGAAAGAGGAGAGUGAUAGUAUUACAAAUAUGCAGAUAAAAGGCUUUGUGUGCUGUCUAAUUGACCAACAUCUUACUAAAAAUAUAGGUUAAAAAAAACUAAAAAGUUG